AUGACAGCUAAGGAGCUGCCAAUAUGGCCCUUCAGGCAGACGAUACUCGAUACGGUCUUCAAACACCCCAUCACAGUCAUAAUUGGCGAGACAGGAUCUGGAAAAACUACACAGAUCGCCCAGAUGCUAGACAAAGCGUAUUGUGCCAGAGAAGGUUGCAUUGGAGUGACACAACCGCGGAGGGUGGCUGCACUUACUGUUGCCCGGAGAGUGGCAGAGGAAAUGAGGUGUGAAGUGGGGCAGGAGGUUGGGUAUCGUGUCAGGUUUGAGGAGCGGACUUCCAGGAGGACGCGCAUUGUCUAUUUGACAGACGGCACGCUGCUACGGGAGAUGUUGGACGAUCCAGAGUUGUCUGCAUACUCGGUGAUAGUGCUGGAUGAGGCACAUGAGCGCAGCCUCAACACCGACGUCCUCUUUGGCGUCCUGAAGAGUUUGGUGAAGACGAGGCAGAAGCCGCUAAAACUCAUUCUCACGUCAGCCACGCUUGAUUCUGCCAAAUUCUCUGCGUACUUUGAUGGCUGCCCAGUCCUCAACAUUCCUGGCCGGCAGUAUGAAGUGCAGAUUGUCCACUCACAAGGCAACCAUGAGAAUGACUAUCUUGCUGCUGCUGUCGACACAGCACUUGAUAUCCACCUGCAUCAGCCUCCCGGAGACAUCCUUGUAUUUCUGACAGGGCAGGCUGAGAUUGACAAGGCUGUCAAACAGCUUAGUGAGGCAAUUGCCGAGCUGCCAGAAGACUCCUGCCCUGAUCUUCUGAUUCUUCCCCUGUAUGCUGCCAUGCCCUUGGAGCUUCAGGCUCGGGUGUUUGCUCCGCCGCCAGAUGGUUGCCGGCGCUUGAUCAUGGCCACCAACAUUGCUGAGACGUCCAUCACUGUGGACGGCGUUGUGUAUGUGGUGGACCCUGGCAUGGUCAAGCAGAAGUCCUACACCCCAGCCACAGGCAUGGAGUCUCUGCACGUGGUGCCCAUCUCAAGGGUGCAAGCCACGCAGAGGGCUGGCAGAGCGGGGCGCGUGUGCAAUGGCAAGUGCUAUCGGCUGUACACAGCCCAGUUCUUUGAGAGGGAGAUGAGCGAGACAACGGUGCCUGAGAUCCAGCGCACCAACAUGCUGACGGCGGUGCUGUACUUGAAGAGCCUGCCGCUAGACAUCGAUGUGCUGGCGUUCGACUACCUCGACUCUCCAGGGUCAGAAGCGUUGGAGGAUGCGCUGCGGCAGCUGCUCAUUCUGGACGCCCUAGACAGGGACGGCCACAUCACAGAGCUGGGCAGGCGCAUGGCUGCUCUGCCCCUUGAGCCCAGCCUUGCCCGCUCACUCCUGGCCGCUGCAGAUCAUGACUGUCUGCCAGAGACUCUGACGGCUGCGGCCAUGCUGUCUGCCGAGACUAUCUUCUUGGGGAACAGGCAGGGAGAACUGUCAGAGCAGGGCCGUGCAGCUCUGGCAGAGCUGAUGAAAGAAGGCUUGGGAGACCACAUCCUCAUGCUGCGCAUCUUUCAGGCCUGGGAAAGGAACAGCUUCUCAUCAAAAUGGUGCAAAGACAUGGGUUUGGAUGUGCGGGGCAUGCACUUUGCAAGGGAGGUGCGCAAGCAGCUGGCAGACCUUGGCUCAUGUAAAAGUCAAGCAAGGGGUGGAUUGUGCCUUGCAGGGGUGGAUGCUUUGCGGAGGGCUUUGCUGGUGGGGUUUGCAAACCGCCUGGCGCGCAGAAUGCCCCGGCACAAUGGUUACAAGACCCUAAACGAGAGGGCCACCCUGGCACAGUUGCACCCGGCAACCGCAAGGAUAGCGGCUGAUGAAGACGGCCUGAUGCCGGAGUUUGUCAUCUAUUACGCUCUCUUUGCAACAGCCAAGGUGUUUCUGAGCAAGGUGUGCCCUAUGGAUUCAGAAUGGGUGGAGGACAUUUUGCCAAAGCUGCGCAACAUUGAUGUGGAGCGUCUGAGUGGAGGAAUGACUACAAAGAAAGCUGCAAAGCGAGCAGCAGUUGUGGGAGACUUGUCUGAGAAACAAGUGGUGAAGAAUGUACCAGUGGCAAAUGCUCGCAAGAAUGAUUUAGCCGCAGUCGAUGCAGCCCGGCAAAGAUACCUUGCCCGGAAAUCUGACAAGAAGAAAUGA